AACUUUCCGACGAUUGUGAGAUCUUCAUUGACCCGGAAACUGGCAAGCUGUUUAUGCGGACCAAGAGCGGAAACAUUCUCGAAAUGGGAGAUGAUAUCACGAUGUUCACGGAUCCCAGAACUGGCAAGACUUACGUGAAGACAAUGUCCGGACGCUUUAUGGAAUUAGACGAAGACAUGGAGGUUACUAUCGACCCAGUCACUGGCAAGAUGUUCGUCAGAACCAAGUCCGGAACCCUCAAAGAGUUGGCAUGUGAGAUGGAGACUAUCAUAGAUCCGAUCACUGGAAAGAAAAUCGUCAGACCCAAAGGAGGAGUGGGACUUGGGUUUGAGCUGUAUGUAGAUCCAGAGACUGGCAAAGCAUAUUUGAGACCCCGCGAUGAGAAGGAGGAGAAAUUGCUGCGAGACCUGGUGAUGCUGGUGAGACCCGGACUCGGAUUCUACGACGUCGACCCCGAGGAAAUCUUCGUGGAUAUGGGCAGCGACGACUACAAGGCUGAGUUUGAGAAUGUGUCGUGGACUGACCAGUUGAACACAAUUGGACAGAAGAACAAAGAUGUGGAUGGGGAGAAGGAAGAAGAGGAAAAAAAGAAGGCGGAGGAGAAACGAAACAUGGAAGAAAUGGCGCUGAAAAUGCGAGAAAGCAAGUCCCGAAACCGAAAAGGGAACAAAAAAGGAAACUUGAAAGUAGAGAAACCAGCAAAAUCCAAAGAUUCUGUCAGCUCAAAGUUGUCAACCAGGAAUGAAAAAGACAGCUACAAAGCUUUGGCCAAAGCAGAAAAAGUUGUCCGAAUUGUGACGACUUUGUCAAACAGCAAUCAUAAAUUGGAAAAAGUGGAAAAAUCAGUUUCUUUCAAAAAAGAAAAACACGGCAGCGAUUCAAGACUAGAAAAGCAAAAAACCAAUUUGACCGACAAAGAUUCGGAGAAAGGAGACCAGCCUGUGAUUUCGGUCACAAUUACUGAAAAGAAAUUUGACCGAAAAUAUUCGCAAGAAAAACUUAGAAAAAGUGAACAACCUUCGAAGUUUCUGAAAACUUCGCCAAAUGCAAUGACACCAUUGGCCCAAUCAUUGGCUGGGAAGUUAAAAGAUCUGCACGUAAUCGAACAACAUGAAAAAGUUAAAGUUGACCAGGAAAUCAAAAGUAGAAUGACAAAAGCUAUAAACAAAGCAAAAAUGAUCGAAACUUUAACGCAUAAAAAGUUCAACGAAAGAGAAAAAACUGAAGAAAUUGCUCCUAAAAUUUCGAUUUCUCACGCCGAUGGAAAACAGAGUAAAGUUGGUUUAAAAACCGGAAGAAAAUCGCCCUCUCGUAGUGGUUCUAUAAGCCCCUCCCCGCAGAGAGCUAGAAAAAGUGGGAAGUUUUUAGCCCCACCUUCGCCGGCUAAGGGGGGCAAAAGUGGUAAGGGUUCGAGUAAGUCACGUGGGGGUAAAGUGAAAGAUGAGUCAUCGAAGCAGGACACAGUCGAUGAAGGAGACGAAAAUGAGGAGAAAAAAGAAGAACCGAAAGUCGACUGGAGGAAAAUGAACCCUGAUUUACUGGACGAGAUUGACCUUGACAAGUUGACGCCGGCGGAGAGGCGGAGGAUAGAGGUGUUGCGGAAGAGACGACAGAAGGAGCUGGAGAAGAAGCAGGCGGAGGAGGAAGAGAAAAAGGUGGCAGAAGCGAAGAAGCGAGCAGAGAUCGACAAACAGAUUCUGCAGGAGCGAAUCAAGGAGGCAGAAGAGGCGCAGAGGAAGGAGGAGGAGGCUACCCGAUUGGCCGAAUGGGAAGCUAAGCGAGACCCUGUUGCUGAAGCCCUGGCACUAGAGCGCGAGGCAGAGGAGGCCAGAAGAAAAAGGGAAGAGGAAGAAAAACUGGCCCAGAUGGCCCAGAUUGAACGAGAGGCUUACGAGAGACUAAAGCGUGAACAAGAGGAAGUCGAACAUUUGAGACGCGAGCAGGAGGAGCGGGAACAACGUGAACAGAUGGAGAAGAUUCUAGAAGAAUCUAGAAGGAUGGCAAUCGAGAUGCAGCAAAAACAAGUAGAAGCCGAGGCCAAGGCUCUAUUUAACAAGAGUCUGAGAAUGGAGUAUGAGCUAUUAGAGAAGAAUCAAGAGAUCAGUCGGGCAUUCGUCUACUCGUACUUCGAACUCAUGCGCAUCAUGGAGAACCUAGAAGACGAAGAAGAGGACUAAACUCUAUUGACCUCACUUUUUUCAGUCAAAUUAAGUUCUCUCUUUUUGAGGGAACCUAAAUUUUCUCCACCAAUAAGUGAUCAACUUACUGAUUUGGUUUCUCUGAUUGAUUUCAAUAAUUCGAUUUUUUACGAGUGAAAUUUAAAAAACCUCGAAUUGUCGUGGAAUGUUUUUGUAGAUAUUUCAACGCUGUGAGAAUAUAUAAUUUACGUAAGUUUAUUUUAGUUAGUA